UCCUGUUCUUUCCUCCUCCUCCACCCUGCCCUCUGUCCUUUUUCCUUCCUUUCUCCCUGUGACUCGUCCCUAUUAGACACCAGCCCCCUGUCUUCCAGCCGGCCAUGGCUGUCAAGGCCCACACCCUUAGCUAGUCCCUUCUCCCUUGCCUGGGUCUUGUCUCAUGACCCCUCCUCUGGGAGCGAGCGCGAUGUGGAGCGGUGCAUCUGGUCAAAUCCGGAAGCAGAACUUCUUCCAAGACCGAGGGGACCGUUAGGUCACCCCAUGUGACAAUUGAAGGCUGCACCCACAGACCCUAUCAGCUUGGAGCCCUGUAGACCAGGGAAUGUUUCUGGUCGUGGGGUGACCCAGCUCUUCUGCCACCAUGAACAGGGCCCCCCUGAAGCGGUCCAGGAUCCUGCGCAUGGCGCUGACUGGAGCCUCUGUGGCCUCCGAGGAGGCCGAUGCAGACAACAGGAACAAGCCAUUUCUGCUGCGGGCGCUGCAGAUCGCGCUGGUGGUCUCUCUCUACUGGGUCAUCUCCAUCUCCAUGGUAUUCCUCAACAAGUACCUGCUGGACAGCCCCUCCCUGAAGCUGGACACCCCUAUCUUCGUCACUUUCUACCAGUGCCUGGUGACCUCGCUGCUGUGCAAGGGCCUCAGCACUCUGGCCACCUGCUGCCCUGGCACGGUUGACUUCCCCACCCUGAACUUGGACCUCAAGGUGGCCCGCAGUGUGCUGCCGCUGUCGGUGGUCUUCAUCGGCAUGAUUAGCUUCAAUAACCUCUGCCUCAAGUACGUGGGGGUGGCCUUCUACAACGUGGGGCGCUCGCUCACCACAGUGUUCAAUGUGCUCCUGUCCUACCUGCUGCUUAAACAAACCACUUCCUUCUAUGCCCUGCUCACGUGUGGCAUCAUCAUUGGUGGUUUCUGGCUGGGUAUAGACCAAGAGGGAGCUGAGGGCACCCUAUCCCUGAUGGGCACCAUCUUCGGGGUCCUGGCCAGCCUCUGCGUCUCCCUCAAUGCCAUCUACACCAAGAAGGUGCUCCCGGCAGUAGACAACAGUAUCUGGCGCCUGACCUUCUACAACAAUGUCAAUGCCUGUGUGCUCUUCUUGCCCCUGAUGGUUCUGCUGGGGGAGCUCCGUGCCCUCCUUGACUUCCCGCAUCUGGACAGUGCCCACUUCUGGGUCAUGAUGACACUAGGUGGCCUGUUCGGCUUCGCCAUCGGCUACGUGACAGGACUGCAGAUCAAAUUCACCAGUCCCCUGACCCACAACGUGUCGGGCACAGCCAAGGCCUGUGCACAGACGGUGCUGGCCGUGCUCUACUAUGAAGAAGCUAAGAGCUUCCUGUGGUGGGCGAGCAACCUGAUGGUGCUGGGUGGCUCGUCAGCCUACACCUGGGUCCGGGGCUGGGAGAUGCAGAAGACCCAGGAGAGCCCCAGCUCCAAAGAGGACGAGAAGAAUGCCAUUGGGGUGUGAGCUCCUGCAGGGUCAGCUGCUGUGGCCCUGAGCACUGUUGUUUACAUCCUCCUCGGAAUGCGAUCUAAGAGGAGCCAGGGUCUUUCCUGGUAAUGUCAGAAAGCUGCCAAAUCUCCUGUCUGCCCCAAUGCAUUUUGGGGAAUCCCUACUGGGAGUGGCACUCCUUCCUGCCUCCUUCUGGGGCCUGUCUACCUCCAUAUCGCCUUUGGGGUUGGGGCCAGCUGCAACCUUAUGGGGCUGGAUUGAUGAAAUAAUGUCUUGCCUGCCGCACAGGGGAAACGGGUUAUGACCCCGCUAUGGCUGGUUGAAGGGAGAUGGAUGGCCCCACAUCUCUGGGGCCCAGGGCAGGUAGAGCGGUCGCUCAGGUGCUGUUAACAUCAGGAACACCCCGCCCGCCUCUGAAGGGAGGUGGGAACUUGGCCGGUCUGCCCUCUUCUGUAUGGAUGGGUGUGGCAGACCCAUCCAUGGCAGCUGCACCCAGGAGUGGCUGCUAAGAAGUGUUCACCUCUGCACUCCUUAUUUUCAGCUUUAGAACAGGGGGAGCCACCCAUCUUUGCAGAUUAAGUAGGGUGAUGAGCCCCUCUGCACCCCCAACCUUGGCUUUAUCUGCCUGGCUUCUCUUGGCCCAGCUCCCUGGCCAUACUCCCUUUCUGUACUCUUCUCCAUCACUGCCCCCCCAACACCUUCAUCUCUAUGCAGGAAGUGGGGUCUGUUCCCGUGUGCUUGGACCCCCAAGUCCCUGUGAUAGUAAGAGACAUUUAUGUUUUCUGAGGCUGGGGCUAAAGGAGCCGACUGGCUCAGAGUUGGCCCAUCUGGCUCCUGUCACAAAAUAGUCCAGACCAGGUGGCUAAGAACAGAAGUUGGUUUGUAGGUUCUGGGGCAGCAAAGCCCAGAUCAAGGAGCUCAUAGACCCAGUGGUUCAGAGAAAACUCCUUCUGUGAUAGAAGCACAGACGGGCUGAACACCAGCCCCAUUCAUGAGGGUUCUACCCUGUUACCUGAUCACCCCCAAAGCCUUCAAUAUAAGGACUCCAACAUGAAUUUGGAGACAGAAGCACUCAGACCAUAACCCCAGCACCACACCCUCCUAACCUCAGGGUAGCUGCCAUUCCCCUAAUCCCUUCUCUUGGGCCUUUUGUGCCCCCGUUUCCUUGGGGGUAAUUUCUGAUGUUUCUAUUCCUGUCAUAAAAGGAUGGGGAGAAUGUGUCCAGCCUGUGAUUCCUACUUCCCACAAUCCCAGGUUCUAAUGAAGUUGGUGGGGCCUGAUGCCCCGAGUUGUAUGUGAUUUAAUUAAAAAAAAAGAAAGAAAGAAAAAACCAA